AUGACGGAGCCGGUUGUCGUUAGCGUUAGUAGCUGCGUUUUGGAGUGGAUCUUUUGGGCCAGUGGGCGUCUCAGUGGCAAUGUCUCUACGGGGACUAUGGUUUUCGUCCUCCGACUUAUCACUGCGAUUGGGGAUAUUUGGGAUUCCUCGCGUUGCUUCCUUUGUCAUUCUUCUUCUUCUUUCUUGUGUUCUCCUUCUUCUUCCUUGUGCAAGAGCCAUUCUUCAUCUUCCUUGAGGCCAUUGUUGUUUCGUCUUCCUUGCGGGCCAUUGCCAUUGUCGCGCGAGCCAUUGUUGCCGCCUCUCGCCUCUGCCUCAUCGAUGUUGCCAACAUCUUCGUCACCGUGCAAUCGCCUCCGCCUCCGCCUCACUCGUAGCGCCUCUGCCUCUGUUGUCGCGUCUUUGUCGUCGCGCCUCCGCCUAGGCCUGGUGCGGCCCGUGCCAGUGGUGGAGCCGCUGGCCUGGCACCCGGUCCAGCCUGCUCCCAAGCCCUCAACCCCCGUGAAUGAAGCCGUGGCGAGACCGUUCGACGCGCUGUUGUUGCCCUUGGGCGGCGAGUUUCCUACUGCAGCAACACCAUUUCUGAGAGUGGAAGGCAAGAGGCUGAUUGUGAGGGAUUGGACACCCCAAUUGGAGAUUCUGAGUCACCCUUCAACAGGAGGGUUUAUGGGUUAUUGUGAAUGGAACUCGUGCUUAGAGAGCAUAUCCCUGGGGGUGCCAAUGGCAACAUGGCCAAUGCACUCGGACCAGCUGAGAAACGCAAUUUUGGUCACAGAGGUUCUGAAGGUUGGAUUGGUUGUGAAGGAUUGGUCACAGAGGAAGUCGUUGGUGAGUGCUUCAAUUGUGGAGAAUGGUGUGAGAAGGUUGAUGGAAAGAAGGGAAGGUGAUGAGAUGAGAGAGAGCAGUGAAUCUGAGAAAGGCCUUCUUGAGUAA